GUGACCCGGAAGGGAUCUGACAAGCCGCCAGUUGGCUUCACGCGGAUGACAGUAUCAGCUAGUUAGCAAAAAUAUGCUACCUAAGAUAAAUGUAGCUGCGACUUGUUGUUUUUAUUCUAACGUUACUUGAAUUAGUCGAUGGUCAAAAUGGCUACAAUUUACAAUAUGUUCCAGUCAGAAACAACAUCGAUUAUGGCCUUCGUCGUCGAGACGGCAAUGACAGAAAUAUACAAAUUUUUGCCAAACUCUGACGCUAACAACGACGUUAAUCCGGGGAGAGAGCUCUGCACCAUUAUGAAUUUGUUGAUGGGGGAGGGUAUUCGUAAAGUCUGCCAACUAUUUCUAGUGGCCUCCUCACGUUUGCAAAAUGAAAACGAGAAAUUGAAGACCAAAGUGGAGCAGAUGGAUGAAUAUAUGAAGGAAAUUACUGAGAAGGCUGAACAUUAUAGAACGUCUCUGGCUAAAGUGGAGGCAGAACCGAAAGUACAGACGCCAACCCAUGUUCUGCACAACGGAAUGAUCUUUGCAAUAAAACCAGUUGAUCUCCCAUUGUUGCCUGGAAUGACAGCGGCUUUAGCGUUGCCAGGGAAUGUCAGUCAAGCAAACACAGUCACUAACGCAACAUCCGUCUGUGCAGGUCCUGCCAAAGUUUGCAGUAAACCUACAGAGACGACUUCAUUGGAGUAUGACUCCUCUCUGGGAGACACACAUGGACUGAAUACAGAGCCCUCACCAAGAGAUACUGAAUCCAACGUUGAGCAUAUGAGAGCUGCUCUUCCAGAGGGCACCGACAACGGUAGAGACAACCAUAAAAGACAUAAAAACAGUAAUACUACUAAUGGGACAGGAUCCACAGAAAACAAACGCUUCAAGUGUGAUGUUUGUGAGAAGACAUUCAGCAAGAAAGAGUUGCUGAGAGUUCACAAGCUAAUCCACACAAAACCUUUCAAGUGUGACAUUUGUGAGAAGACCUUCAGCAGGAAAGGGUUACUGGAAGGUCAUAAGUUAAUUCACACAAGACCCUUCACCUGUGACAUUUGUGACAAGACCUUCAGCCUGAACCGCAUGCUGUUACGUCACAAGCUAAUUCACACAGGAGAGAGGCCAUUUGCUUGUGGUCAAUGUGGCAAAACAUUCAGAAUGUCCAAGCAGCUCGAACGUCACAUGUUGCAUCACAAAGAAAACCAUUUCAGUUGCAAAGUCUGUGGAAAUACAUUCUCUACCAAGACAGAUCUGACACAACAUCGGCUAGUUCAUGCAGUGGAGAGACCGUUCAAGUGCCUGACUUGUGGAAAGGGUUUCACAAAAAGGACCAUACUUAUGGGGCACGAGAGAAUCCACACCGGUGAAAAACCAUACAGCUGUGCUGAAUGUGGGAAGAGUUACAGACAGUCUUAUGACCUAAGAAUUCAUAUGCGAAGACAUACAGGUGCAGACAUACGUCCACACUUGUGCUCGGAGUGUGGUAAGAGCUUUCGGACAAAAUCCGUCCUCGAAAAGCACAAGCGAAUUCAUACAGGGGAGAAGCCAUUUAAAUGUGAGACCUGUGGAGCUGCUUUUGGCCAUAAAGGAAACCUUGUGAGACACCAAGUGCUUCACACGGGGGAGAGACCAUACAAAUGUAAAGUGUGUGGGAAAAGCUACCCUCAGUCCACCGACUUAAAAGCUCACAUGCACCGUCAUGGGGCAACCAAACCAUUUAUGUGUGACCUAUGUGGAAAGACUUUUAUUUACAAUUACCAAAUGAGACAACACAAUCUACAAUGGCACAUAGCUGAAGGAGAUAAGGUUCCUGGGAGAGAGGGAAUAUCAACAAAGCCAUUCAGUUGCAAAAUAUGUUUGAACGGCUUCAGCUCCAUGCUAACUCUGAAAAAGCAUAAAGAAAUUCACACAGGACAAAAGCAAUAUUCUUGUUCCAUUUGCGGAAAGACCAUUGCAUAUAAAAAUGCUUUUGACUAUCACAUGAGAGUUCACAGUGGAGUGAAGCCCCAUGAAUGUAAAUACUGUGGAAGGAAAUUUAUUCUGAAGCAAGCUCUUCAAGGACAUGAGCGGACCCAUACAGGUGAAAAACCCUUCAAAUGCAGUUAUUGUGACAAGACUUUCGCAGUCAACACCAAUCUGAAAAGGCAUGAGCGAAUCCACACGGGAGAGAAGCCAUUCAAAUGUGAUGUCUGCGGGAGAGGUUUCAGCCAAGCCAACAAUGUUAAAGCCCACAUGCAAGUCCACACUGGAGUUAGGCCUUACUAUUGCAAGAGAUGUGGAAAAGGCUUUUCUGACAUAAGACACUACAAAAACCAUAGCUGUGAUGGUGUGGCUGUGACACGCACACACUGUGAUGGUGAUAAUUAUCGUAAAUCUUCUGACGGCACUUUCAGAAGUAGAAAAGGAGGUAGACAGGAGUGUUUGCCAUAAUGCUGCUGUUGUGUAGACUCGGUGAUAUUAUCUCAAUAUCAUCUACAGACUGUAGACUACAGUGGUGCAACUUCCUGCUUACAGAUGUCAUGAACAAUGGGGAUUUAUUCAGUGGGGUGAAAUGUUCUCGGGUGAGUUUCUGGAAAGUCUUGUAUGAAAUGAGAGCGUGCUUUAGGAAACUAGAUAUUUGCUUGCUGUAGUGCUUGGAGAGCUUGCUAUAAAUCAAAGGGUUAAUGUUCAUGAGCCCAAAUUCUAAUUCGUUCAUAUUGUGUAAAUCAAUAAACACAUCAUUCAUGUGAAGUUAUAAACUGGGUGGGGCGACCCCUGAAUGCCGAUAGCUGUUGUAUAUCAGACUGUAUACCACGGGUAUGACAAAACAUUUAUUUUUACUACUCUAAUUCCAUUGGUAACCAGUUUAUAAUAGCAGUAAGGCACCUUGGGAGUUUGUGGUAUAUGGCUAAUAUACCACAGCUAAGGACUAUGUCCAGUCACUCCACGAUACAUCGUGCCUAAGAACGGCCCUUAGCCGUGGUAUAUUGGCCAUAUACCACAACCCCUCGUGACUUAUUGCUUAAAUAUAGAGACCCCUAAAUCAAAUCAAACUUUUUGUCACAUGCGCCGAAUACAAGUGUAGACUUUACCGUGAAAUGCUUACUUACAAGCCCUUAACCAACAGUGCAGUUCAAGAAGAGUUAAGAAAAUAUUUACCAAGUAGGCUACAAUAAAGUAACACAAUAAGAAUAAUGAGGCUAUAUACAGGGUGUACCGAGUCAGUGUCCGGGGUACAGGUUGAGGUAAUUUGUACAUGUAGGUGGGGGUUGAAGUGACUAUGCAUAGAUGAUAAACAGUGAGUAGCAGCAGUAUAUAAAGGGAGGGUGAUCAAUGUAAAUUGUCCGGUGGUGAUUUUAUUAAUUGUUCAACAGUCUUAUGGCUUGGGGGUAGAAGCUGUUGAGGCUUUUGGUCCUAGACUUGGCGUUCCGGUACCGCUUGCUGUGCAGUAGGAGAGAGAAGUCUAACUGAGGUGACUGGAGUCUCAGACAAUUUUAUGGGCUUUCCUCUGACACCGCCUAUUGUAUAGGUCCUGGAUGGCAGGAAGCUUGGUCCCAGUGACGUACUGGGCCGUUCGCACUACCCUCUGUAGCGCCUUACGGUCAGAUGCCGAGCAGUUGCCACACCAAGAGGUGAUGCAACCGGCCAGGAAGCUCUCGAUGGUGCAGCUGUAGAACCUUUUGAGGAUCUGGGGACGCAUGCCAAAUCUUUUCAGUCUCCUGAGGGGAAAAGGGUUUUGUCGUGCUCUCUUCAUGACUGUCUUGGUAUGUUUGGACCAUGAUAGUUCAUGGACACCAAGGAACUUGACACUCAACCCGCUCCACUACAGUCUCGUUGAUGUUAAUGGAGGCCUGUUCGGCCUGCCUUUUCCUGUAGUCCAUAAUCAGCUCCUUUGUCUUGCUAACAUUAACCUGUCUAGGACUGGGGUUCCGCUAGCGUUCGAACCCCUCGCCAACAGCCAAUGAAAUUGCAGGGCGCCAAAUACAAAUCAACAGAAAUCUCAUAAAUCUAAUUUCUCAAACAUACAAGUAUUAGGCACAAUUUUAAAGAUACAAUUAUUGUUAAUCCAGCCACAGUGUCUGAUUUCAAAAAUGCUUUACAGCAAAAGCUCCACAAACGAUUGUUAGGUCACCACCAAGUCACAGAAAAACCCAGCCAGUUUUCAGCCAAAGAGAGGAGUCACAAAAAGCACAAAGAGAUAAAAUUAAUCACUAACCUUUGAUCUUCAUCAGAUGACACUCAUAGGACUUCAUGUUACACAAUACAUGUAUGUUUUGUUCGUAUGUUUUGUUCGAUAAAGUGCAUAUUUAUAUCCAAAAAUCCAAUUUUACAUUGGCGUGUUAUGUUCAGUAGUUCCAAAACAUGCAGUGAUUUUGCAGAGAGCCACAUCAAUUCACAGAAAUACUCAUAAAUGUUGAUGAAACACUUCCUGUUUGGAUUUUUUCUCAGGUUUUUGCCUGCCAUAUGAGUUCUGUUAUACUCACAGACAUCAUUCAAACAGUUUUAGAAACUUAAGUGUUUUCUAUCCAAUACUAAUAAUAAUAUGCAUAUAUUAGAAUCUGGGACUGAGUAGGAGGCAGUUUACUCUGGGCACGCUUUUCAUCUAAACGUGAAAAUGCUGGCCCCUAUCUAUAAGAAGUUAAGGGAGAGGUUGUUUAACUAGCACCACACUGCCAGUUCUCUGACCUCCUCCCUAUAGGCCGUCUCAUCGUUGUCCGUGAUCAGGCCUACCACUUGUGUCGUCAGCAAACUUAAUGAUGGUGUUGGAGUCGUGUUUGGCCACACAGUCGUGGGUGAACAGGGAAUACAGGAGGGGACUAAGUACACACCCCUGAGUGGCCCCAGUGUUAAGGAUCAGUGUGGCAGACGUGUUGCCUACUCUUACCACCUGGGGGCGGCCCGUCAGGAAGUCCAGAAUCCAGUUGCAGAGGGAGGUGUUUGGUCCCAGAGUCUUUAGCUUAGUGAUGAGCUUCGUGGGCACUAUGGUGUUGAACGCUGAGCUGUAGUCAGUGAACAGCAUUCUCACACAGGUUUUCCUUUUGUCCAGGUGAGAAAGGGCAGUGUGGAUUGCGAUUGAGAUUGCGUUGAUCUGUUGGGGCGGUAUGCGAAUUGGAGUUGGUCUAGGGUGUCCAGGUGGAUGCUGUUGAUGUGAGCCAUGACCAGCCUUUCAAAGCACUUCAUGGCUACCGACGUGAGUGCCACGGGGCGGUAAUCAUUUAGGCAGGUUACCUUCGCUUCCUUGGGCACAGGGACUAUGGUGGUCUGCUUGCAACAUGUAGGUAUUACAGACUCAGUCAGGGAGAGGUUGAAAAUGUCAGUGAAGACACUUGACAGUUUGUCCGCGCAUGCUUUGAGUACAUGUCCUGGUCAUCCGUUUGGCUUUGUGAAUGUUGACCUGUUUAUAGGUUUUGUUCACAUUGGCUACCGAGAGCGUUAUCACACUGUCAUCCAGAACAGCUGAUGCUCUCGUGCAUGCUUCAGUGUUGCUUGCCUUGAAGCAAACAUAAAAGGCAUUUAGCUCGUCUGGUAGGCUCGCGUCACUGGGCAGCUCGCGGCUGGUUUUCCCUUUGUAAUCCGUAAUAGUUUUCAAGCCCUGCCACGUCCGACGAGCAUCAGAGCCGGUGUAGUAGAAUUCAAACUUAAUCCUGCUUUGCUUGUUUGAUGGUUCGUCUGAGGGCAUAGCAGGAUUUCUUAUAAGCAUCCGGAUUAGUCUCCCGCUCCUUGAAAACGGCAGCUUUAGCCUUUAGCUCGAUGCGGCUGUUGCCUGUAAUCCAUGGCUUCUGGUUGGGAUAGGUACGUACAGUCACUGUGGGGACGACGUCGUCGACGCACUUAUUGAUGAAGCCGAUGACUGAGGUGGUGUACUCCUCAAUGCCACUGGAUGAAUCCAGGAACAUGUUCCAGUCGGUGCUAGCAAAACAGUCCUGUAGUGUAGCAUCCGCGUUAUCGGACCACUUCCAUAUUGAGUGAGUCGCUGGUACUUCCUGCUUUAGUGUUUGCUUAUAAGCAGGAAUCAGGAUGAUAGAAUUAUGGUCAGAUUUGCCAAAUGGAGGGAAGGGGAGUGCUUUGUAUGCAUCUUAGUGUGUGGAGGAAAGGUGGUCUAGGAUUUUGUUUUUCUCCUGUGCUUGCACAUGUGACAUGCUGGUAAAAUUUGGUAAAACUGAUUUAAGUUUGCCUGCAUUAAAGUCCCCGGGCCACUAGGAGCGCCGCUUCUGGGGGAGCAUUUUCUUCUUGACUCAUGGCCUUAUGGAGUUGGUUGAGAGCGGUCUUAGCUUCGUUCUGUGGUGGUAAAUAGACGGCCACGAAUAAUAUAGAUGAGACCUCUAGAUGGUGUGGUCUACAGCUUAUCAUAAAGUACUCUACCUCAGGCGAGCGAUACCUCGAGACUUCUUUAAUAUUAGACAUCGCGCACCAGCUGUUAUUGACAAAUAGACAUACACCCCCUCCCCUCGUCUUAACAGAGGUAGCGUCUCUGUUCUGCCGGUGUAUGGAAAAUCCCGUUUGCUCUAUAUUGUCCGUAUCGUCGUUAAGCCAUGUCUCGGUGAAACAUAAGAUGUUACAGUUUUUCAUGUCCCGUUGGUAGGAUUAUCGUAAUCGUAGGUCGUCAAUUUUAUUUUCAAAUGAUUGCACGUCAGCAAGAAGAAUGGAUGGCAGUGGGAGUUUACUUGCUCCCCUCCGGAUUCUCAGAAGGCUGCCCGAUCCUAGGUGAGUUAUUCAGGUGACUGCAAAGGAUACGCCUGAUUGGGCAAAAAAGUUUCAUGAAUUCUUGUUUUAAAAACAAUUCUUAUUUAAAUUGACCUUAAGUCUUUUUCCUGAUUUAUACACUGAAGUUUACAGUGGCACCACCAGUCUCACAUGCGUGUCUGUCUUUGUGCUUUAUUAAAUGAAAUUGGGCAGGCAGGUUAUUGCCAACUUGGGAAUGCUGGUUAAAGUAAAUAAAUAUAUAUGUUUAUUGUACCUUUCUGCUCAAACCUUGCAUCAGUUCUACUUGCAUUUCUAAAUAUUUACAAUACAGAAUAUUUAAUUGUACUAGCACCACCUUAUUGGCUUAGAUGGUUACAAUGUAGAAGAAAUUAUAAUUUAACAUUGUUCAAAACACCCCCCCAGCAACGAAUAUGUUAAAAAAAGCCCCAUCAACGAAAAGUAGAUGCAAUACCACUUACCUGCCUAUAUGACAUCUGUAGUGAAAGUGGACAAUAGUGCAGCAAUAGGACUUGACCUUAAACUAGACUUAUUGACUUAGCUGCACAGUUACAUUAGUUACCUAGCAGCAUGAUAUAUACUGGACAAAAAUAUAGACGCAACAUGCAACAAUGUCAUUGAUUUUACUGAGUUACAGUUCAUUUAAGGAAAUCAGUCAAUUUAAAUGUAUUCAUUAGGCAAUAAUCUAUGGAUUUUACAUGACUGGGCAGGGGCGCAGCCAUGGGUGGGCUUUGGAGGGCAUGCGCUCACCCACUGGGGAGCCAGGCCCAGCCAAUCAUAAUGAGUUUUUCCCCACAAAAGGGCUUUAUUACAGACACAAAUAAUCCUCAAUUUCAUCAGCUGUCCGGUGGCUGGUCGUAGAAGAUCCUGCAGGUGGAAAAGGCCGAUGUGGAGGUCGUGGUUACUUGUGGUCUGUUGUGAGGCCUGUUGGACUUGGCACCAAAUUCUCUAAAAGGACAUUGGAAGCCGGCUUAUGGUAGAGAAAUUAACAUUAAAUUCUCUGGCAACCGCUCUGGUGGAUGUUACUGCAGUCCGCAUUACAAUUGCACGCUCCCUCAACUUGAGACGUCUAUGUCAUUGUGUUAUGAGAAAACAGCACAUUUUGCAGUGGCUUUUUAUUGUCCCCAGCACAAGGUGCACCUGUGUAAAGAUCAUGCUGUUUAAUCAGCUUCUUGAUAUGCCACACCUAUCAGAUGGAUGGAUUGUUUUGGCAAAAGAGAAAUGCUCACUAACAGGGAUGUAAACAAACAUUUUUGAGAAAUAAUAUUCUGUGACUAUGAAAUAUUUCUGGGAUCUUCUAUUUCAGCUCAUGAAACACAGGACCAAAACUUUAAAUGCUGUUUUUAUAUUUUUUCUAAAUUCAAGAGGCAGUGGAAAUGCGAUUUUGGAUGCUUCUGUGCUUUUUGCUGAUAAUGCCCAUCUUUAGUGAUGGAGUGUCACCACUAGGUGGAGAAGCAGCCCACUGAAUAACUUUUAUCUUUAAUUUUUAUUUAACCUUUUAUUUAACUAGACAAGUCAGUUAAGAAGAAAUUCUUAUUUACAAUCACGGCCUAACCCGGAAAACGCUGAGCCAAUUGUGCACAGCCCUAUGGGACUCCCAAUCACGGCUGGUUGUGAUACAGCCUGGAUUCCAACAAGGGUGUCUGUAGUGACACCUCUAGCACUGAGAUGCAGUGCCUUAGACCGCUGCACCACUCGGGAGCCCAAAAGGCUUAGAUGGCAAUGGUACAUAGCAUUUAUUUCGUACAAAACAUUAGUCUUUUAUUAGUGUCAAUACAAUUUAAUCAGUAUUUUUCAUUUUUAUCUUCCGGUUUGUGCCAUAUGACAUGAUUAAGGUGAGUGUAAUGUCUCCCAGAUUUGGGGUCAAUUUAAUUAGACAUCUGAAUUCAGCCAUGAAGUGGAGAAUAUAUGUUAAAAUCUUCAAGUUAUGGAAUUUAAUUGGAAUUGGGCUGUUUUUGGACUUUUGGAAUUGCAAUUGUAAAAACAUUUCAUCUUCUCCCAGGUAAUGGAAUUACUGCGCAUUGUAUUAAACAUUUACUGUAGGAUUUGUUUUCAAUCAUGUCAACUUGUAUCACUGUAUUUCCAGUAUAGCUAGGCUAUUUGAACAGUGAUGUGAUUAGCCCGAAGGAAUUUAAUUUGUAAUGGAUUUGUUGUGAUCAUAUUGAAUUAUUAGAAAUUACCCCAACACAAAUGUCUACUAUAAUUAAUUGAGUAUUGUGAUGUGCCUUA